AUGUAUAUCAAACGAAUCAGAAGAACACGGAGAUUCAAGCUAACGUCAUCAAUAUUGAAAUGUUUCCGUCCGCUGCCCCACGAGACGACUGAACAUGCGACGGAGCCAAAGUGGAACGCAAAUCAGUUCGGAGACGACGAAACUCGUGGAACAGAGAUUGAAGUAAGUUAUCGGGUUGACAAUCUCAGAAAAGUUUCCCUUGUUCAGAUGACGAGCCAAUUUGAAAUUUUGAUCGAGCGGGUUCCGGCGCUGAAUGGCUUGAAGUUCGGAAAUGACGGUGUGGAACCGGUAAAAUUGUUUUCGAAGUUUCUGUGGAAAACCGCUUCUAUUUCAGAUCGAAGUUGUUGAUGCAACGAUGGAUUACAUCCAAACUCUCCAAAACCAGAUCAGUUAUUUCGAUGAUAUGGACAAGGAAAAAUUAUAUAUAUUUAUUUUUACAGAAUAA